AGAAGUGGGUGGGAGAGCUGAACAGAAGUCUGUCUUAGGACACACAAAGUUUGCAUUGGUGGUUUGGAGAACUUUUCUGCUUACAACUUCACUGCAACAACUUUCCUUUUUUGUCCUGUGUUUGUUUUUUUGUUUAACUCUGGGGUUCAUUAGGGCACAUUUUGAGUGUGGAAUGGCUGAACUGGUGCGAAUCCGUAAGAAACGUCUGCAAAUCCCCAUCUCUAGGCUGAGGAGCAUGCUGAAGCAGCUGGAGGAGACAGAUGUUGACUUUCAAGAAAUCAAAAAGAAUCUUGAUUUCACAGCGUCGUUACUGGAGGCAGUUUACCUCGAUGGAACAAGACAGUGUCUCGAGACCGAGGACGACCUACAGCAGCUGCAGUCAGAUGGCGUGCCUUCAGAGGUCACUGAUUGGCUGGCGUCUACCUUUACCCAGAGGGUUCGGCGGCCUGUACGACGCUCAGACGAGAAGCCCAAGUUCCGCAGCAUUGUGCAUGCAGUGCAGGCUGGGAUAUUUGUGGAGAGGAUGUUCAAGAGGGCCUACACGGCAGCCAUGCCAGACCAACCUGCAGCGGUCGUAAACUGCCUCAGGGAUGUUGACCGCUGGAGUUUUGACGUCUUUGCUCUGAACUCAGCCAGCUCUGAUCACGCUCUACGAUCUCUGUUAUUUGAACUGAUCACCAGAUAUGGCCUCAACAGCCGUUUUAAGAUCCCCAUCUUGUGUCUGACAGAGUUCCUGUCUGCACUGGAGAGAGGAUACUGCAAACACAACAACCCAUACCACAGCCUCGUCCAUGCUGCUGAUGUGACUCAGACACUGCACUGCCUGCUGCUGCGCUCUGGACUCGUGCACUGGCUGACAGAGCUUGAGGUGAUGGCGUCACUAUUUGCUGCAGCCAUCCAUGACUAUGAACACACAGGAACAACAAACAACUUUCACAUCCACACAAAGUCAGAGUUUGCAUUGAUCUACAAUGAUCGAUCGGUACAGGAAAGCCAUCACCUGAGUGCAGCAUUUCGCCUGCUGCAGGAUGACCAAAUGAACAUCUUCACAAACUUGACAAAAGAGGAAUGGAUGGAACUGCGAUCACUUGUCAUAGAGAUGGUGUUGUCCACAGACAUGUCCUCCCACCUACUCCAAGUCAAAGGGAUCAAAUCCUGUCUUCAGCAACAAGAACGGAUUGAUAAGCCCAAAGCACUGUCUCUGUUACUCCACACGGCUGACAUAAGCCAUCCGUCCAAGCCCUGGGCGCUGCACUCUCGCUGGACCAAAGCCCUGAUGGAGGAGUUUUUCAGGCAGGGUGAUAGAGAGGCAGAGCUCGGCCUUCCCUUCUCUCCUCUUUGUGAUCGAAAAAGCACCCUGGUAGCCGAGUCUCAGAUUGGGUUCAUAGACUUCAUUGUGUAUCCUACAUUCUCUCUGCUGACUGACAUGGCUGAAAAGAUUGUCAUUCCUUUGGUGGAAGAGAACCCAGGGCCACCUGACCCCUGCAACAGACACAGUAAUCUGUGGAAGGAGAGCUCCAGAGGCCUGCAGUGGAGUCUCGCUCAUAUCACGGCUGAGCUGGUGAGCUUUCGCUCCACUUGGACGCGACACACCGAGGACAACAAGCUCAAAUGGAAGGAAAGUGGCUCCAAUGGAUUUUCAGACCCCAGUGUGACAAAAGGGCAGAGAUCCAGCCAAGAGGAGCUGUCAGAAAAGUCCCUUCAAGACCCCACUGCAGAUUCAAAACAGUAAAAAAGGACAUGUUUCCUAGGAAGGUUAACUGAGGUGAUGCUGAAUCACUGUUUGUAACAAAACUACAGUGCCCUCUUAUGACAUGAGUGAGGGAGGCGGAGGGAGGGGGGUAGGGGUGUUUUAAGGUAACAUCAUCUUCCCAAGGUAAGAUGCUUUACAUUCACAGACAUGUCCUAACGUCUUAUUUCAAGGAUAGUAUACUGUGCUAAUUUAUAUGCAGAAGUGUACAUGCUGGCCAUGUUAUACAGUAUCUUGCAUGUUAUUAAUUUAAUUUGCCACCAACACUUGUAAUGAACCUUUAUUAGUUUGACUUGUACACAUAUAUUUAACCAUGCAAUAAACAUUGAAUAUAG